AAAAAAAAUAUUAAUUUUUUUAAAUAAUUUAAUAAUAUCCAAACAAAUUCGUACGAAAAAGAUUUAUUUUAUUUAUUUUGUUUUAUCAUAUAUACUGUUGCAUUAUUCACUUUAUUAGAUAUUCUUAUAUGCUUUUAGUUCUUACAUCACACAUAAAUCAUGCAACCCGAUGGUGCAUUGGAAGGAACAUGGUGCCUGAACAAUUCCAACGUCAAUGAUACGUGGUGUUCUGGCCAGCCCAAUAAAAAUUGGAGGCAUUCGGCAGAUUAUUAAUCGGUUGGGUUUUUUAUUUAUAUGAAUUAAAUUGAUUUAUGUGUCGUCACACCAUUUUUUAAAAUCGUCACACCAUUUUUUAAAAAAAACUUGGACAACUAGUGAAAGUUUUCAGGCGAAUGAACCCAAAUGAAAGGAAUUUUUUUAUCUAUAUGAAUUAAAUUGACUUAUGCGUCGUCACACCAUUUUUUAGAAAAGACCUGGACAGCUAGUGGAAGUUUUCAAGCGAAUAGACCCAAAUAAAAGGGCCCAUCCGAAUUAAAGGUAUAAAAAAAGAGAGACCUAUUUAUCUUCUAAGGUGACCCCACCUGCUGACCUACCGACAUUCGUGGACGACAUCCUUUUUCACGCCGAGCACUCUCAGGUCUCGCUUCUCACCACCAACCGUUCCACUCAACCAAACGAGUCAAUGAACUGACGAACAAUGACGCCGUCUGCAUGGACUUGACACAGGCAGAAAAUAAAACCCAUUCCUUGUCCCAAGCAGGUACAAGAGGAAGGUGGAGGCACCGAACGUCCUGGGGUUAGCUCAUGAGCAGAGUGAGCUCGGAGACUUCUCAGAGGAGCCCAAAAACUCCCACUGACCAAGACCCCUCCCGAGAUCGAUCUCCAAAGAAGCGUUUGUUCGGUGGUAUUGAUAGCGAUAGCUCUCGAAUCACGCAGGAGCUCAGGCAUAGAGUCCAAAACUUGAAGAGAGAGUUGGCCGCGAGGGAUCACUACAACCCCGAGGUUAGCCGUAACACUAGCUCGUGCACUGAGCCCCGGCCUAGUCAUUCUCGCACCUGGUCCCCCAUAAGGAGGUUGGGAGAAAGGCACCAGGGAGAGGAAGACAACGGGCACGACCAAACUGACGAUCGAACCCAGUUCCCUUAGUCACGCGGCAAGUCGAGAAGCCGAGAACACAGGGAGGAGAGGAAAAGGAAACGCCGAAAUCCUGUAGUGAUUGGCGCAACUCCUUUUCACUCUUCCAUCCUCAAAGUUCGCUUACCUAAGAAUUUUGACAAGCCAACAAACAUGAGGCAUGAUGAAACCAAAGACCCGCAAGAGCACAUCACGGCCUUUGAGGCCAAGAUGAACCUGGAAGGUGUAGGAAAGGCAAUCAGAUGUCGCGCAUUUUCAAUGACCCUCGCAGGGCCGGUGAUACAUUGGUUCAACUCCUUACCGCAAGGGUACAUCAUGGCCUUUGCGGAUAUCUCUCAAAUGUUUCUUGCAUAGUUCACCACGUGAAUUGCCAAAGCAAUGCAGCCGAUCAACCUAUUGGAAGUGACCCAAUGCGUCGGCGAACCAACGAGGAACUAUCUGGACCAAUUUAAUGAUGAGUGUCUAGAAAUUGACUACCUCACGGACUUUGUGACCAGUUUGCGCCUCACUAACGGCCUGUUGAACGAAGACUUCAGGAAGCAUCUAACCACCAACCCUAUCUGGACAAUGCAAAAAAGACAAAGCGUAGCUAGAGAGUACAUCAAUGAUGAAGAAAUCAGCCAAGUAGUGGCUGCUAACAAAUGGCAGCUAGCUAUCCCGCCGGCUCGUCAAGCUAGUAACCCUAAGAAGCCAAGGGAGGUACCAAGAGAAGCAACAUCUGGGAGACCGUACAAGCCAUUUUCCCGUGUGGGCAAGUUUACGAACUACACCCUGUUGACGGCUCCGAUAGUAGAAGUUUACCAACAGAUAGCAGACAAAGGCAUCCUAGCCAAACCAAGACAAUUGAAAGAUUGGACAGGGGGAACAAGAACCUUUAUUGCGAUUACCAUAAGGACUUUGGGCACAAGACCCAAAAUUGUUUCGAUCUAAAUGAUGGGUUGGAGUAGGCUAUCCGAGAGGAGGAGGGAGAGAGAACACUCCGAAGAGGAUUAGAGACGAAUUGUGAAGCUGAGACAAUAUCCUCCCGAGAACCCGGGCACGACUCCAACAGUGGUGGUGAACGUAGUGGUCAGUAGAGACGUGAUAAACCCCAACUUUUUUGUUUAUCUUGUGUUAAAUUUAGAGAAUUUUAUCAACUUAUCUCACAUUUAUUCAAUGAAAUAGCAUGGUUUUGUGAAUUUCUCCUAAAUUUGUGCUUAAAAGUGAAAACAUGCUUUUUAGGUCUCAAACACUUUAAUUCCAUUCGAUAACUUGA